GCUGCGGGGGCCAUGGUGUUCGGCGGCGUGGUGCCCUACAUUCCCCAGUACAGAGACAUCCGGCGGACACAGAAUGCAGAGGGCUUCUCCACGUACGUCUGCCUGGUAUUACUGGUCGCAAACAUUUUGCGGAUACUUUUUUGGUUUGGAAGGCGUUUUGAAUCCCCUCUUUUAUGGCAAAGCAUUAUCAUGAUCAUUACUAUGUUACUGAUGCUGAAACUGUGCACUGAAGUACGCGUGUCCAACGAGCUAAACAUAAAACGCCGCUCUUUUGCAGCUGCAGAUAGUAAGGAUGAAGAAAUCAAAGCACCUCCCAAGAGAUCCUAUCUGGAUUUUGACUUGAACUAUUUUUGGCAUUGGAGCAAGUUUACAGACUACGUGCAGUGUGUCCUGACCUUCACUGGUGUGACCGGUUACAUCACUUACCUCUGGCUUGACUCAUCUCUCUUUGUGGAAACGCUGGGCUUCCUUGCUGUGUUCACUGAGGCUAUGUUAGGUGUUCCCCAGCUCUACCGUAACUACCAGAACAGGUCUACAGAAGGAAUGAG